CAUUUAUAAAUUUAAUUAAUUUUGCGUGUAGAGUGUAAAGUGGAAAGCAAUAACAGCAGCAAAAUGCAUCAACAAAUAACAGAAUAUCAUUUUGAAGAGAAUCGCAAAAUGCACGGCGUGAAGCGUGUUAUAGCAUUUUGCAUUAUGAUUGUGCUACUGCCAGCCACAUUAAUUAUAAUGCCGCUCCACCUGCGCAAGACUGUAUUUGCCGAUGUUAUUUACCAAGUCGCCGAAUCGGACAUCAUCGAAAUACGCGACGGCAUUUCUUCAAUCUUCUGUUCGAGGCACACGCUGCGCAUGAGCAGCAGCUUCAACGCCUUUCAGCUGCGCAACAAGCCCGAAAUUUCCAAAAGUCGCAAACAUAUACGCGAAAAGUCUAUGACACUGCCUAUAGCAUACCCGAGCAUGUGUUUCUUUCUGCUGAAGGGAGCGACGAUUUCGGUGAGGUUCUGCUCACGCUACGAAGGCUCGCGCAUACUCUUGGUGCAGGGCACGCGUGAGUUACGACUCUGCGGGUUGACGGAUCACAACAAAAACAAGAUGGGCGCCAAUUAUGCGCAUGGACAUGAGCAGGUGAAAGUGUUCUAUGAGGAUGUGGCGGAGAUCACAGAAGAGAAAACACCCAGCGAUGGCUUGCUGGAGCAUGAAAAUCAUGGCGGCGAAGAUCUCAGCGAGGAUCAGACAACCGUUAGUGCCAACUUAACCUCAAGCACAACAGCCGCUCCUCCAAAGCGCUACAGAAAGAAACUGAAGAAGGGCUCGCUCCAUCGAAACAAAUCUACAGAGCUCCCAAACCAGGAUCCAAAUGAGCCAAAUGCGACAGCGGCGCGACAGAGACGCCAUGCGGAGCGCAAACAAAAGAUCUUCGAGCAACUUUACAAGCGUGAGAAGCGUGAGAAUGUCUAUGAUCGCAAGUACAGUCAUGGCGGAAAUGCAAUGAAUUUCACCGAGACGGAUGAGUCAAAUUCUAUAUCCAGCUUUGAGACGGGACUCUUUAGCUGCUUCAACGGCGCCAUUCUAUUGGCCGAGGGCUUUCCGCCAAGGGACGCCUGCAAUCAUACGCAAUUCCUCGAAACGGGCAAGCAUAGGGUGGCCCAGUAUGAGGUUGUUGACGAUGGUUACUACUACUAUAUAUUCUACAGUGACAAUGAUUUAGUGCGUAACGAUAUACAUGCUUUGUUCGAUAUCUAUAAGCCCACAUUUCAAUAUUCAAACCUGAGCGAGUCGUCAGGCUGUCUCAAUAGUACAUAUUGCAGUUUUAACAUUAGUUUCCUAUCCGAUGAGAUUGUUGUCGUGGAGGUGCCCACACGUGAUGGCAUCGAACAUGAAGAGGAUGAUAUCACGAAUCUUAUCUCCACCUGCCAUCCACGCAGCGAAAUUUAUGCCCUAUUCCCCUUAGCAGUACUCGUGCUCAUACUAUGCUGUGCAUUUCUUUAAAGCAGAGGGUAAACAGUGAUAUUAGAAGAUGGAGAUGGAGCUCAAGCACAACAAAUAUCAUAAGCUGCACCCCCUCCCAAAGGCCUCUUGGGCCGAAUGUACCACAGUCUGAAUUAAAGAACUAACUGAAUAAUUGUUAUUUGCUGAAAUUUA